AUGGCUCGUCUCGCCAACGCUUUUGAUCUGUUGGGCGAGCAAUCAUCAGAUGUGAGGAGAAUGAUUGCCAUCGUCGAUGCGAAAGCAGACGCUGGUUUUCUAGCAGCAGAGAAGAAGAGGAAAGAGGAGGCCAAGGAAGCCGAGAGAAAGAAGGAGGAGGAGAGGCAGCAACAGAAGAAGAAGAAUAUUCGAGAUACCCUACUCAACUCGGUUCUUGCCUUCCCCACUCAUCGCCCUUCUUCGUCUAGAAGACGCCCAAAUUUUCCUCGAGAAUAUAAUGAUGAGCAAAACCAAGGCCAAGGAGUUCAUGCCCCUGUCGUUAAAAAAAAGUGGGUGCCAAAGUCGGAGUUGGAGUCAAAAUCCGAGAAUGGUGCUGCCAAAGCCGCUGCUAGUCCUAGCUCCUCGAAUAAAAUUCAAGGGACUCAGAAAGAAGAAGCAAAGAAUCAGAUUCAGAGUCAUCAAGGCUAUUAUCAGCAGAGACGCGGUAGAGGGUUUGGCCACGGUGCUUAUCAGAAUCGAGGAACAAGGACUGGAUCAUACUCGGAGCAUAGUGACAAGAAGAAUGUGCUGGAGUUGGAGAAGGAGAGGGAGACUCAAGGCUGCGAUGCUGCUGCGGAAAAGCAACAGACAAAGGAAGCAGUAGAUGGAGAUAAGCAAUCAAAGGAGGAGGGUGUUAAUAAUGAUGGAGAUGGUGGUAGCAGCAGCAAGAGUGUUGAUGGGAAGAAAAGCCAAAACAAGAAUGGAAGCUUGCGAAGAAAACUAAGGAAGCAGAAGGCUGCUGCUGGAGGAGAGAAAAAGGACGGGGAGGACACUAAUCAAGAAGGUGAUACUAGUAGCGUGCAAAACCAGUCCACUCCUCGUCUGUACACUUUGAAAGAAUAUGAGGAGAUGAAGAAGAGGGAGAGUUUGAACGAGAAAAAAGAAGGUGAGAGUAACUCUGCCCACCCCAAGAGAGUGACUGUUGAUGUCAAUAAGGAAUUUCGAACACCGCAGGUGGAUGAGAGGCAACGCGGUUUGGACAAUGGAGGGCGGAGAUUUAACAAUGAAGGGCGGAGAUUCAACAACGGAGGGCGCAGGUUUAACAAUGAAGGCCGAAGAUUUGACAACGGAUGGCAGAGUUCUAACAAUGAAGGCCGAAGACUUCAAUAUAGUUUGGACAAUGCUGAUGAAUUUCCUACCCUCGGAUUCUCGGAAGAAAAUAAAAAAAUUUAA